CCGGCGGGCGGGCGGGGCGGGGCGGCGCGGGUGAAUGGAGCCCCAGCGCCGGGAGCUGCUCGCCCAGUGUCAGCAGAGCCUGGCCCAGGCCAUGACCGAGGUGGAGGCCGUGCUCGGGCUGCUCGAGGCCGCGGGAGCGCUGAGCCCCGGCGAGCGGCGGCAGCUGGACGAGGAGGCGGGAGGCGCCAAGGCGGAGCUGCUGCUCAAGCUGCUGCUGGCCAAGGAGCGGGACCACUUCCAGGACCUGCGGGCGGCGCUGGAGAAGACGCAGCCUCACCUGCUGCCCAUUCUCUACCUGAACGGCGUCGUCGGGCCGCCACAGCCCUCCGAGGGCGCCGGCUCCACCUACAGCGUCUUGUCCAUCAUGCCCUCAGACUCAGAAAGCAGCAGCUCCCUCAGCAGUGUGGGUACCACCGGGAAGGCGCCAUCCCCUCCACCCCUCCUUCCUGACCGGCAAGUGAACGAGAAGGUGGAGAACCUCUCCAUUCAGCUGCGGCUGAUGACCCGAGAGAGGAACGAGCUGCGGAAGCGCCUGGCCUUCGCGACACAUGGGACGACCUUUGACAAGAGGCCCUACCACAGGCUGAAUCCCGACUACGAGAGGCUGAAGAUCCAGUGUGUGCGGGCCAUGUCGGACCUUCAGAGCCUGCAGAAGCAGCACACCAAUGCCUUGAAGCGGUGCGAGGAGGUGGCCAAGGAGACCGACUUCUACCACACACUCCAUAGCCGGCUCCUGAGCGACCAGACCCAGCUGAAGGAUGAUGUGGACAUGCUGAGGCGGGAGAACGGACAGCUGUUGCGGGAACGUAACCUGCUGCAGCAGUCAUGGGAGGACAUGAAGCGGCUCCAUGAGGAGGACCAGAAGGAGAUUGGUGACCUCCGGGCCCAACAGCAGCAGGUGUUGAAACACAACGGGUCGUCAGAAAUUCUCAAUAAACUGUACGACACGGCCAUGGACAAGCUGGAGGUGGUCAAGAAGGACUAUGAUGCCCUGCGGAAGAGGUACAGCGAGAAAGUUGCCAUCCACAACUCCGACCUGAGCCGCCUGGAACAGCUGGAGGAGGAGAACCAGCGUCUGCUGAAGCAGACGGAGAUGCUGACUCAGCAGAGGGACACGGCCAUCCAGCUGCAGCACCAGUGUGCCCUCUCCCUGAGGAGGUUUGAGGCCAUCCACCACGAGCUGAACAAGGCCACAGCCCAGAACAAGGACCUGCAGUGGGAAAUGGAGCUGCUGCAGUCGGAGAUGACCGAGCUGAGGACCAUGCAGUUAAAAAUGGCAAAGGAGUCGGAGAAGUACAAGGAGGAGCGGGAUGCCGUGUACAGCGAGUACAAGCUCAUCAUGAGCGAGCGCGACCAGGUCAUCUCUGAGCUCGACAAGCUGCAGACCGAGGUGGAGCUGGCGGAGUCCAAGCUCAAGAGCAGCACGUCUGAGAAGAAGGCGGCCAGCGAGGAGAUGGAGGCACUGAGACAGAUGAAAGACACGGUGACAAUGGAUGCUGGGAGAGCCAACAAGGAGGCUGAAAUCCUUCGAAAGCAAUGCAAGGCUCUGUGCCAGGAACUGAAGGAAGCCCUCCAGGAGGCGGACGUGGCCAAGUGCCGGCGGGACUGGGCCUUCCAGGAGCGGGAUAAGAUCGUGGCGGAACGGGACAGCAUCCGGACGCUCUGUGACAACCUAAGGCGGGAGCGGGACCGGGCAGUGAGCGAGCUGGCCGAGGCCCUGCGCAGCCUGGAUGACACUCGCAAACAGAAGAAUGACGUCAGCCGGGAGCUCAAGGAGCUCAAGGAGCAGAUGGAAUCCCAGCUGGAGAAGGAGGCUCGGUUCCGGCAGCUGAUGGCGCACAGCUCCCACGACUCGGCCAUCGACACAGAUUCCAUGGAGUGGGAAACGGAAAUUGUGGAGUUUGAAAGGGAGACGGAGGAUAUUGACUUGAAGGCACUUGGGUUCGAUAUGGCAGAAGGUGUGAAUGAGCCUUGUUUGCCGGGGGACUGUGGGAUAUUUGUCACUAAAGUGGACAAAGGAAGCAUUGCUGAUGGCCGCUUACGGGUCAAUGACUGGCUGCUGAGAAUCAACGAUGUGGACCUCAUCAACAAGGACAAGAAGCAGGCCAUCAAGGCCCUCCUCAACGGGGAGGGGGCCAUUAACAUGGUCGUGCGGCGGAGGAAGUCCCUGGGCGGGAAGGUGGUCACGCCACUGCACAUCAACCUGAAUGGACAGAAAGACAGCGGCAUCUGUCUGGAGAAUGGAGUAUAUGCUGCUGCCGUGAUGCCUGGAAGCCCGGCCGCCAAAGAGGGGUCCCUCGCCGUGGGAGACAGGAUUGUGGCGAUCAAUGGCAUUGCCCUGGACAACAAGUCUCUGAAUGAGUGUGAAUCUCUGCUACGUAGCUGCCAGGACUCCCUGACCCUCUCCCUCCUGAAGGUGUUCCCUCAGAGCUCCUCGUGGAGUGGCCAGAACAUCUUCGAGAACAUCAAGGACUCUGAUAAGAUGCUGAGCAUCCGAGCCCACGGCACCGAGGUACAGGCCCAGAAUAAACGGAGUCUGUUGCAGCACAAUAACUCCACGCAGACGGACAUCUUCUAUGCGGACAGGCUGGAGGAGAGAAGGGAGCCGGGCCCCCCAGGAGGCAGCAGCUCUUCCGGGGAGCGUGGCUACGGGCUGGUGGAUGUGCGCAGCCGGCGACCGCUGCUGCCCUUCGACACAGAGGGGGGCCCCUGCGGGGCGGCAGAGGCCCCCCUGGAUAAGACAGAACCUGAGAGCUCCAGCAGCGGCGGGACCUGGCCCAAGGCUGUGCUCGGCUCCGCGGCAGGGCCCGAGAAGCUCUCUGUUUAUAAGAAACCAAAGCAAAGAAAGUCUAUCUUUGACCCUAACACUUUCAAACGCCCCCAGACUCCCCCCAAAAUUGACUACCUGCUCCCAGGCCCUGGGUCUGCUCACUCUCCCCAGACCUCUAAGAGGGUGGGGCCUCUGACACCCCCAAAACCUCCCAGGAGGAGCGACUCCAUUAAGUUCCAGCACAGACUGGAAACCAGUUCCGAGUCUGAGGCUACUCUGGUCGGCAGCUCCCCGUCUGCCAGCCCCCCGAGCGCACUGCCCCCUGGCGUGGACCCCGGGGAACUCACGCACACCUCACCCCCUCGCAAGGCCAGAGUCCGCAUUGCUUCCAGCUACUACCCUGAAGGGGACGGGGAUUCCUCCUAUCUGCCUGCCAAGAAGUCCUGUGAUGGGGACCUCACCUCCCAGAAGAUGGACGAGCUGGGGCAGAAGCGCCGUCGUCCAAAGUCAGCUCCCAGCUUCCGGCCCAAGCUGGCUCCAGUAGUGAUUCCUGCUCAGUUCCUGGAGGAGCAGAAGUGUGUCCCGGCCGGUGGAGAACUCUGCCCAGAGCUUCAGGAAUGGUCCCCUUACUCACCAGGGCACCCCAGCAGGCACAGCAACCCCCCAUUCUACCCUGGCAGGGCAUCUGUGGGUACUGUUCCCCGGAGUAUGACCCCGAGCACCACUGUGAGCUCCAUCCUGAGGAACCCCAUCUACACUGUGCGUAGCCACAGGGUCGGCCCAUGCAGCUCUCCGCCUGUGCCCAGAGAGGUUGGCCCCCAGGGUUUGCACCCCAGCGUCCAGCACCAGGGACGCCUGAGCCUGGAUCUGAGCCACAGGACUGGCAGCGACUACUCAGAGAUGAGAACCUCUCAUGGGUCCAACUCUCUGCCCUCCAGUGCCCGCCUUGGGUCUUCGAGCAACUUGCAGUUCAAGGCGGAACGCAUUAAAAUCCCUUCGACACCAAGAUACCCACGGUCUGUUGUGGGCUCCGACAGAGGUUCCUUGUCACAUUCUGAGUGCAGCACGCCUCCCCAGUCACCCCUGAACAUCGACACCCUGUCCUCAUGUAGCCAGUCCCAGACCUCAGCCUCCACGUUGCCCAGGAUUGCCGUCAACCCCGCGGCCCUCGGGGAACGGAGAAAGGACCGGCCCUAUGUGGAGGAGCCACGCCACGUCAAGCUGCAGAAGGGCUCGGAGCCUCUGGGCAUCUCCAUCGUGAGUGGAGAGAAGGGCGGGGUCUACGUCUCCAAGGUGACUGGGGGAAGCAUCGCCCACCAGGCUGGCCUCGAGUAUGGGGAUCAGUUACUUGAGUUCAAUGGCAUAAACCUGCGGAGUGCCACGGAGCAACAGGCCCGGCUCAUCAUUGGACAGCAGUGUGACACUAUCACCAUUCUGGCCCAGUACAACCCACAUAUGCACCAGCUCAGCUGCCACUCUCGGUCCAGCUCCCACCUGGACCCUGUCGGCGCUCACUCCACUCUCCAGGGCAGCAGUGCCACCAGCCCGGAGCAUCCCUCUGUCAUCGACCCUCUGAUGGAGCAGGACGAGGGCCCUGGUGCCCCCCCGGCCAAGCAGAGCACCCCCAGUUCCAGGAUGGUGGGAGAAGCCAACAAGAAGAGCCCAGAGCCCAGACUUGUCUUCAUCAAAAAGUCCCAGCUGGAGCUUGGCGUGCAUUUAUGUGGAGGGAACCUGCACGGGGUGUUUGUGGCUGAGGUGGAGGAUGAUAGUCCUGCCAAGGGCCCCGAUGGCCUUGUGCCAGGAGACCUCAUCCUUGAGUACGGCAGUCUGGACAUGCGUGGCAAGACGGUGGAGGAGGUCUACGUGGAGAUGCUGAAGCCCAAGGACGGUGUCCGUCUCAAGGUGCAGUACCGCCCUGAGGAGUUCACCAAGGUGAAGAGCCUGCCUGGUGACAGCUUCUACAUCAGGGCCCUCUACGACCGGCUGGCCGAGGUGGAGCAUGAGCUGAGCUUUAAGAAAGAUGACAUCCUCUACAUUGACGACACUUUGCCUCAGGGCACAUUUGGGUCCUGGAUGGCCUGGCAGCUGGACGAGAAUGCCCAGAAGAUCCAGCGCGGGCAGAUCCCCAGCAAAUAUGUGAUGGACCAAGAAUUCUCCAGGAGACUCAGCAUGUCUGAAGUCAAAGACGACAACAACGCCACAAAGACGCUGUCGGCAGCUGCACGCAGAUCCUUCUUCCGAAGGAAACAUAAGCACAAACGCAGCGGGUCCAAAGAUGGGAAGGACCUCCUGGCCUUGGACACCUUUUCCAACGACACCAUUCCACUCUUUGAAGAUUCGGUGAGCCUUGCCUAUCAGCGGGUCCAGAAAGUAGACUGCACCUCCCUGAGGCCCGUCCUCAUUCUGGGGCCCUUACUGGACGUGGUGAAGGAGAUGCUGGUGAACGAGGCGCCCGGCAAGUUCUGCAGAUGCCCCCUUGAGGUGAUGAAGGCCUCCCAGCAGGCCAUCGAGCGGGGCGUCAAAGACUGCCUGUUCGUCGACUAUAAGCGGAGGAGUGGCCAUUUUGAUGUGACCACGGUGGCUUCCAUAAAGGAGAUCACAGAAAAGAACCGGCACUGUCUCCUGGACAUCUCCCCCCAUGCCAUCGAGCGGCUGCACCACAUGCACAUCUACCCCAUUGUCAUCUUCAUCCACUACAAGAGCGCCAAACACAUCAAGGAGCAGCGAGACCCCAUCUACCUGAAGGACAAGGUGACUCAGAGGCAUUCCAAAGAGCAGUUCGAGACGGCUCAGAAGAUCGAACAGGAGUACAGUAGAUACUUCACAGGGGUCAUCCAGGGAGGAGCCCUGUCGAGCAUUUGCACUCAGAUCUUGGCAAUGGUCAAUCAAGAACAAAACAAAGUCCUGUGGAUUCCAGCCUGCCCGCUGUAGAAGAAUGCCACGCUGGAAGUCGCUGCGGCUUGUCUGCCGGCAUAAACGUGUGGCCCAGCUCCUUCUCAGUGACUGAAAGUACACGUCUAUCUGUAUAUAAACAUGGAGGGGAAGGACCUGUGCACAUGGGACUCCGGAAGCAUCUCCUCUGUAGACCCAGGGCCACAAGUGAACAGGAUCCGGGCCCAGGCCAUUGGACCGCCUUCCUCUCACACAUGUGCUUUAAGACGAAAUAAAAAAACACAAAAGACUUUUCGAUAGAGGGGUUCAACACCACCCUUUCUUUAGCCAGCCGAUCAGAGAUGCUGCAAAGACAACCUUUCAGAUCACACGUUUACAAGCCUUUUCUAAGUAUUGGUUGCUUAUGUUUACUUGAACGGCUCCAUGUUGUCGGUGCCCAGCCCUAUCCCUCUGUCAGCCACCCCCUGUGUUGCUUUGGUGUUGGGUUUUGUUCCUGCUUUUAGCAAAAUGACUCUGGAACCUCGCUGGGGCCCACUUUGCUCUGGGAGGUUCCUGUCGGUGGGACCAGAGCUUCAAGAAACUUCCCACUCCACGGUGGCACCUCUCCUGGAAGGGACACGGUGACUGCACAGGCUUAGCCGCUCUUGUGGCAGGACCAGUGCCUUUGUAGGGCCGAGUCACCAGCAGCCGUGUUCUCCCUUCCUGCGCCAGGAAGACCACGUAGGCUUCCUGCACCUUCAUUGCUCGGGCUUUCUGUCCUACCUUCUGUGUUCUCUCAUUUCUUCUCCAUCUGUGAUUGUUGCGUCCGCAUUCUACCUGGGGUCACCACCACACCGUAGUUCUGGGCAGGGUGUUAGUUAACCGAGGGCUGGUGCGUGCUACUGGGACCUCUUCAGCUUCUGUAAAUAAUGACCGCUUUAUCAGUGCAAUUUUUGCAGGGUAACUCUUAAACGCUGGGGGCUGGGGCAGUUACAUCAGCUGUCUCUGAUGUGAAGACACUCGUGUUUCAGACUUUGAACCCAGAGCGCUUAGGGGAAGCUUAAUGCCGAGUGUCCUCACUGUCAGACAUCUAGAGAGCGGCUGAGGACCUUCUUAGUCCCAGUGACCGUGCUCCCAGCAUAAACACGACCCCACAAGAACGUCUUUGUUGGGGGUUUUGUUUUGGUUGGGUUUUCUUCUUUUCUUUUCUUUUUUUCUUUUUCUUUCUUUUUUUUUUUUUUUUUUUUUUUUUUUGCACUUCUGAUGCUGGAUAUCUCCGGCUGAAGAUUUGAUGUGGUUCCUCCUUAAAUUGUGCGUCCUGUUAAUAAUAGGUACUGUACUGGGCUCCGUGGAAGUGUCACUGGGGUAGGACCUAUAUUUUAAUACUAUUCCUAACAUUUCAUUUUACUAGCAAGAAAUCUUUGAUUUCAUUUUAUUCUUUGUAAUUCUAGACACUAGAUUGUAGAUUAGCCAAACUGACAUUUUUUAAAAAAAAGGGAUAUAUUUUCUUGCACAGUUGUUCAAAAAGAGACAUGUGUCAGUCCUCAGUGCUGCCCUUUGUUUCACAGGUACGCGUCGUCUUCUAGCUCAGACAACCAAGACAGACGGUGGGCUGUCUGCGGUCCCACCUGGUGCCCUCUGGCUGUCUCUCUGGGUUGCGGCCCGAGUGGGACUGUGAUGGUAGUGUGCACAGGUACUGUUCUGACAGACUGGGAUUUUCUGUACUAAAACCUUACUUUGUAUCAAAAGUUACACAGACUUUAGUACAAUAAAUAAAGGUCAAUUUCCGUAACUUGUUGAAA